AUGUAUACAAUAGACUACAGUCAUCAAGUUCCCGGGCUAUUUGUUGUUUGUGAAUGUGUUACUGAACAAGAAGAAGAAACAUUGGUCAAAGCAGUCAAUCAACAACCAUGGUCUGGUUUAGGCAUAGGACCAAAUCCAGAAUUAAAAAGAAGAACACAACAAUAUGGUCAUUUAUUCAGUUAUCGAUAUAGAAAAGUUCUUGAAGAGUAUGGUCCUUUGCCUGAAUUUAGUCAAUGUUUAGUCGACCGUAUUAUGCAACAUGCAUGGAUGCCAAAUCGACCCAAUCAUUUAUUAGUGAAUGAAUACAAUCCAGGACAAGGCAUUAUGCCACAUAUAGAUGCACCUGCUUUGUUUGGACCUGUUAUUCUCUCUUUAUCUUUAUUAUCAGAUUGUAUCAUGACAUUUGAACUAGAAGAUACACAUGUGCCUAUUCUAUUACCAAGAAGAUCUGUGGCUAUCUUGACAGAGGAUGCAAGAUAUAAAUACAAGCAUAGUAUAUCCAAAGAUCUGAUAGAGACAAUACAAGAUCAAGUGAUUCAUAGAGAGAAGCGUAUAUCCUUUACAUUUAGAGAAAUCAUUGCCUGGAAUUAA